GAGAGCUGUGCUUGGUCACAGCUUGUCACAUGGUACAAGGCUGUUGUGAAUAGCCUUGUACCAUGUGACCUCGGUGAUCAUUCACAGAUAUCACACGUAGUAAGCAAUGAUGUCAGAAGUGACAUCUUGCUUACUACUGUUCUUGUGAUCACUGAUUGGCUAAUCAGUGAUAUGUGAUCGGGACCUCACACAGAGGUCCCGUACAUUCUUCUAUGACAACUUCACAUAAAUUUCUGUACAAAAUUCUCUCUAAGGCUGGCCAUACAUUAUACAAUUUUUUUGAGAAUUUUGCUUUAGAUUUACCAAAACCCAUAUAAUAUGAG